AACAGCUGAUUCAUUUACUUGAGAAAAGUGAAAAUUGUAAUUUUCUUAGAACCCACACGAAAAUAAUGGAAGAUAGCGAUUUAAAAGCUAACCGCACAACAUCUCCUAGUGAGGAUGGUCAGGGGUCUUCUAGGAAUAACGGUUCUGAUCAAAAUAAUACCAAUCCAACUCAAGAUCUCGUUUCCAGAGAAAUGUUUCUACAAUUAGAAGAAGAAAAUCGUAAAAUGCAAAAUGGUUUCAAUGCCCAGAGAGCCAGACUGAAGGAGCUCUUCGUGCAGAAGGAACAGGAAUUGGAUGCUCUUAAAACUAAAUUGGUAGUGGCCGAAAUGAAGGCGCAAGAAGAAAUUUCUUCUCUGCAACAGCUGGUGCAGGAUACUGUGGAAGAAACUGCAAUUUGCAAAUCUGAGUUGGAAAUUUUGAAAGAAGAGGUCAAUCGCCUAAAUCAAGAAAAUCGACAUUUGCAAGAGAACUUGCAAGUUCAUUCCACAUCACAGGAGCUCAGCAGUUUGGCUCCAGUUCUAAACCAAGUUAAAAAAACAAUAGCCAGGAAGCUGGGUGGUGAGAACACAAUUACCUCAAGCACUGAUGCUGCCUUCGAUGAUUCCAAAAAUAAAGCAGAAGGCGCCGGAAAAUAUCAUCAGGAGGACCCAGAGGUUCUAGCAUCAAUAGUGAUACAAUUACAGGAAGAAAUGAAAGUUUUGAAAGAAAAACUUCGACAAGCAGAUGACAAACUACAAACAUCUCAUUGUCAAAACGAUGAUGGUGCGUGUGGUGAAACCAAGCCAACAUUAGCGUGCAAUAAUUGUGCGAAUCUUGAAACUAAAAUUGGGGAAAUCCAUGCCUCUGAGGCUUUAAAUAAGGAGAAAUUUGAUAAAUUGAAGAAACAAUUGGAAGAGACGCACAAGGACCUGGAAAAAGAAGCCGAGCUUCGGGGUGUAUUGGAAAAUCAGUGGCAAGAAAAACGAGAGGCCCAUAAAAAUGAAGUGCAUACUCUAAGGGAGCAGGUGACAGCAAAUGAGCAGCAGCUGCUGAAGUUACAGCAAACGUUUUUAGAAACCAAAGAUGAAGUCUCUCGACAAUUAUCGCGUAUUAGCGUAGAUCGUGAGAGGGUUAAUAAGCAUUUGGAAAUGCUGCAAGCCGACAAUGACUAUUUAUCUGGUCGUUACUUGGCCACAGCGGAAGAAAUUGAAAAUCAGUACAUCAAUUUGCCAAAUACCAUAGAGGAGUUGCAUGAAGUUAUUUUGCGUCAACAAAAUGAACUUAUACAGGCACGUUUGGGUUGUGAUUAUGAAAAGAAGCGGUGUGUUACCUCAUUGGAUGAGAUACAAAUUCUACGCGACCAACUUGAUGCUAGCAACAAUGACAGAGCAACUUAUAAGAAGAAAGUGCAAACGGAAAUUAAAUCACUUCAAGAACGAAUUACGCAGCAUAUGAAAAUAUUGGAGCAAUGUCAAUCUGCUAAAGUGUCGUUGGAACGUAAAGAAAGCGAAUUGAAUAGGCAAAUUUCUGCCUUUAGGGUAGAAAUUAUAGAAUUGCAGGAUCAAAAUGAAAAACUUGUCAAAAAUUAUGCUGAUGCUCAAACUAAAAUCAAGAAUCUGCAAGAUGAUCUUACCACAAGUGAGCAAGUACAAAAGGACUUUGUUCAAUUAUCACAAAGGCUGCAAAUGUGUUUGGAGCGCCUGAGAAAAGCCGAUUCCGAGGUACGUUGGCAAGACGAUGAUGAUGUUUCAAAUUGUCCCACCUGCGAAGUUUAUUUCACAGUCACGGUGCGAAAAAUCCAUUGUCGUCACUGUGGCAGCAUAUAUUGCGAUAAAUGUUUAUCUAAAACUGUGCAAUCUGGCCCCAGAAAUAGGCCGGCACGUGUUUGUGAUUUGUGCCAUACGUUGCUAACACCCAAUAUAGCUCCUUACUUCAGUCAGGAAUCUUCUCAACAGGUGACUUCCAACAACACUUAGUGCACUUUUCGUCACUUGACGUCAAGCUAUUUGUAAUCAUAAUAGUAAUUUAUAACAUGUAGCAUAAUCACAAAUUCUAAUGAAUUUAAAUUUAAUUUAUGGUGAUGAUACAUUCGUUUGAAAGAAAGGCUGCCUACAAAUGCAGGCAAGCCUUUUGGCUCCUCUGAUUCGUUGGCUAUAUCGAUCUAAAAAAACGGAAUAAUUGAGUGUUUGAAUUUGAAAAAAAUUAAAUUAAAUGAAAUCCAAAAAAAAUGUUUCGAUUCUCUAGAAUUUUUCUAUGUUAUUGCCAAACUAAUUUUAUACAUUUAGAUGACAAAUUGCCUUGAUUGCAAAUAUAGGGGCAUAUGUGAAAUAGGUACAUACGCUUCGAAUAAACGUUUAUUCUAUACUCUGUUUUGAAACUCCAUAUUAGCUUAAGUUUAACUUUUUCGUUAAAAAAAAAAUUUAAUAAAUUCUAUUUGAACCAUUCCACAGAA